UCAUGUCGUGAACUGACAUUCCCAAGUUUUCUUUUCUUUAAUGGCAAGCGCCUGCUAAACCACACCAUAAAAACUUUACAAGUUCGAGAUCUGGAUGAGUGCGAGUUGCAGUGUUACUACGAACAUGAUUGUGUCAGCAUUAAUUUUAAAAAUGAAGCUAGCAAAACUGAUGGAAAACACACAUGUGAGCUGAACAAUUCCACGCAUGAUUCAAAGGAGCAGGAUUUGGUGGAAGUAAAGCAUUACUUUCAUCGUGGAACAAAAGUAAGAUCAUAACAUAUACAACAAAAAGAAAUUUUUUUUCCAAGAACCUCUUCUCCUGCCCCACUGGAAAUUCCAGUAAAGUUUUGCUAUAGGCCUACAUUUCUGUAAUAUUAUUUUUUGUCUUAAAGAUCCCCUCCUCCCCCUGGAAAUAUAUAAUCUGUUCAGUGGGGGGAGGGGAGGAGUGUAGAGAUUUGUAUAAACCUUUUUAAAAUACGUACUCUUGAGUUGCCAUUAAAGUUAAGUUACUAAUGAUGUCUAACCCUGAACCCAAACAGUAGCUAACAGUACUGAAACAAUUGAAACACCUUUGUCAUUGUUUUCUGCGAUACACAACUGUUCCAGAACUAAGAAACUGGGUAAAUCUUUUAACUUUUAAGCUACUUACCCUAAAAAAUGUUCUCAUUUUCUUUUAAAACUUGUAAGAAUCCGUGCAGCAAAUUCCCUUGCAAAACUGCCGUGGAAUGUCAACCAGUAUUUACCACGAAAAGCUCCACUUCCUUCUGUCCAUUGGAGUCAACUACGGGCAAUUUUACAAGUGGUAAGCGCAAUACCUUAAUAUAAACCUGUAAUUCUACAAAAUAAGAAAACCUUUCAUCCUAGGAUAAAUACAAACGGAAUAUCAAUGAACUUACGUUGUAAUAAUCAGCUGAAUAUGGCCGCCAUUUUAAAUCAACAUCCGCGGUCAGCUGGUGAGAAGGUGAGAGGUAUGGAACGAAAAUUUGGUCUAGGGGACUGGGGAAAGGUCGAGGGGAGACUCUUAGGGGAGGGUCUGGGAUUUCUGGUUACUCUAAGAUCGUGAUCCCACGCGCACUUUGCGAAUAAUAAUAAUAAUACUGAUAAUAAUUGUAGUGAUGAUGAUGAUGAUGAUGAUAAUUUCUUCGCAGAGAUGACGAUGGAUUCAGUCAUAAUAGCCGAAAAUGGGUUUUAUUUGUGCCAUCUGAAGCAAUUCCUAACUCCCGCCGUUGGAAGUAUCUCUCACUGGAAAAUAUGCUAUCGUGCCUCCAAGCAUGGUAGAUACGACUUCAUAUUUCAUCAGAGGUGUAACGGGAAAAAUAACACGCUUACUAUAAUCAAAAAGGAUGAAUAUGUAUUUGGUGGAUUCACUGAUAUUUCAUGGGGUAAUAACUUUACAUUUUGUUACUAAAAACUUAAAAGAAUGUUUUUGUUUUUUUCAUAUUUUUUUUUGUGGAAAAGAAAAGAAACAUGUUUACUUCGUGACGAAAGACAACCGUAGGAAUUUCCUCUGCUUUUAAAAGUGAGUCUUAUCAAAAGAAGAACAUGGAAUUUGUUUGCCAAAUCAUAGUAAUGUUGUUUGGUCCGUCCAUAUCCCGUAACAGAGCCUCCUUUGUCCCCCAGGAUUCCACACGUUGUAGAUUCGGGAUUCGGAUCCUUAUACAUAACGGGAAUCUGUCCACCUACCCCUCCCCCAAGCCAACAUUAACACUUACUUCUCACUUAGGGCAAAAUGUUGGCUUAUGGGAUGGGUAGGUGGGAAGGUUCCCAGAAACGUAUAAUGAUCCCGGGAUUCCAGGUACUUGAUUCCGGAUUCCUUGUCAGUGGAAAAUAAAUCCCGGAUCCCAGAGUCCAGGAUUCCGGAUACAACAAGAAAAAAUUCUCGGAUUCCGGGAUCCACAAGCAAGAUUUCCCAGAUUCUAUAAUUCCUGAUUACCUUACAUGGGUCAUGGGGUGACCUUUUAAUCAUUGCUGGGUCUGUCUAUAUUCUGUAACCAUGGUAACAUAGUUCUCUUCUCUCAGAGUAAUUGAUGGCGUUUCGAAAGGUGUUAAAAAGAUCCUUUGGUGUGACCAUUCAAAUGAAACCUCUUUAGCAGUGCUUUCACGUGGAACUAUUUCUUUAGAAGCAUUUCACAAAAUGAAAUUUGGAGAUUUUGUUCAAAAGUUUUGACUUUUGUUUCUCUGGAGAGUGAGAAGCUUAAGUCAGAAACCUAAUUUUCUUGCUUCUUUUUACCCUCUUUUUCAGAGCGUACUGAACGUUACAGGGAAACAUCUAACGCGUUCAUUUUCUCUCUUCGGAAUAACGAGCAACUUGGGCCCUUCAAGAGCAUGGUUAAAGAAUCAUCACACGCAAUUUAUAACUGGAAAUACACGGGACCGGCAUUUGGGAAAACGGAUAUCCGCAUUAAUUACACUCCCCGAGGGAGAACAUCUUCCUCCCACUUAGGGACUUCCUACUGUGCGCCUAGUGAAGUUAAAAACCCCAGCACUGUCUUGGCAGGUACAACCAAGUUCGAUCCAGAUGAAGUGGAGGUGUUUUUCCUUAAAACACUGAAUUAA